AUGGCGGAUGUUGGACUACCGGCCAAGCGAUCCGAACCGCUGUUCCGUCAGCUGAUGCCACGAUGUCGUCUUUCGUCACCGUACGACAAUAUGUUGGCGGUGGUGAUGAACAGUCAUCAACCAGUGCAGAAUCUUCGUGAUCAACUACGUGAAACGUCGAUUCGGCUCGGUGAUACGAAGACGGAAAACGAGCGGCUGCGUUAUCUCUACAACAGCAACGAGUCGAGCUCUCUAACGGCCUUACGGAAAUCGUUAGCAGUAGCUGAACAAGAUGUACGGAAAAAACAAGAAGAAAUGGAAGAAUUGCGAUCCCAGCUGGUAAAUCAGGACGACGAACAACAGGUAGCAGCUGUACAACCUCGUCUCAUCACGAUGUUACGUGUUCAGUUGAACGCUAUUGCACACAUCAGUAAAUUACGAAUCUUCGAACCAAACUUGAAUAUCGGCGAAGAUGUCGAAGAACUGCUUCAAUUGCUUGGAAAAGUGAAUGACGGUGAUCUACAAGAACUACAGAAGAUUCUCGAAGAUACGACGGUGCUCUACGAUCAGAUCUCACGCGGAAUCAUCAUUCGAUCUCUAUCCGACUCAUGGACAAUGACCGAAGCAGUUGAAAAUGAAGCAUUCGUUUAUGAUGAUGAAGAAGACACUAAGGAAGAUAGCGAAUGGCAAGCCGAAAUGACUGCGAUUCAGAGUCGCAACGACCAGUCACUGACAACGGUGAAAGCGUCGUUCGAGGAAAUGCUAGAAGAGCAACGCAGCGGAUUCCAGGAGGAAAUGGAGCAGCUACGAAAAGAACAUCAGAAAGAAUUGGAUGAAGAGAAGGCUGCCACUAGAUUGGCACUGGAAGCUGUUCGUCGAGCUCAUGAAGAAGAACUAAAGCAAGCAACAACGAGGAAGCUCUGCGGAGAGAAAGAUCGUGACGCCUCGAGACAAAAUGCUAUGUUGGAGCAGAUGCGCGGGGAGCUGACAACGUUGUCGGCUGCUUAUUCGGCUAAAUGCGUCGAAAACGCCCAACUUGACGAGCGCCUAUCGGCGUUGAUGGAGCAGCGAGCUCGAGAAGGUGACAGUGACGAUAUUCAACGUCUAAAACGAGAUCUGUGCCUUCGCGAUUCACAAGUUGCCGAACUUCAGCGACGAAUUUCGGCGUAUGAGCGACGAGGUGGCGACUCAUCAAUUGUCGUUAGCGACAUUCGCUUCCACAGUAAUCCAGUAAUUUCAAUAGUCGAAAAUGUUCCCGAAUAUCUUGCUGAGGACGUGCGUCGCUCAUUGGCCGUACCAGUUAGUGAACGGCGUAAAUUUUUCGAGACGAUCGCCGAAUACAGUACCCCUUUCUAA